GCGUCAAGACAGCAUCCCUCAUACUGAUUAUGCCAGAAAACGGCCUCGACUACAAGCCAAAUAAUUGCGUAAUACCAGGACAACAACAUGGCCUUCGGAAUCCUCAGGCUCCCACUCUUCUCUUUGAUGGCCUUGGCCCUAAUGAACCCCUGCACUGGUGCCCCUGAUACACGUCAAAGGGAGACGCUGAUGCGACAGGAGGCCUCCAGGCAGACAGGGGGCAGUGUGGUUUUGACUCCUGCUGAGCUGCAGGUGGAUGCAUACCUGCAUAAGUUGAAGGUGAAGGAGAGGGCAUCUGUUCCGUUCCCUCCUUCCAUACAUUUCUUCAAAGCUCGCGCACGCAUCCAGAAGAGUCCUGUCUUUAAACUCUUACAGAAAAUGCCAAAAGGCGGAGCUCUCCAUGUGCACAGCACAGCCAUGGUCAGCCCUGAAUGGCUGGUGAGGAAUGUCACCUACAGGCCCAACUGCUACAUCUGUUUCACGUGGGGUGGCUCAGUGCGGUUCCUGUUCUCAGAUGGACAGCCCUACCCACAGUGGGACUGUCUCUACUGGCAGCUCUUACAAAGCCUCAGAGCCAGCAUGGUUGACCCUGCUAAGUUUGACAAAAGCCUGAUCCAAAACCUCACCCUGUUUACUGAGGACCCAGAGUCUGCAUACCCAAGUGACGACGCUGUGUGGGCGAGGUUUGAAGAUGCUUUUAGGAUCAUCUCUGGACUUGUCACCUAUGCAGCUGUGUUUAUGGACUACCUUUACCAAAGCCUGGAAGAAUUCUAUGCAGACAAUGUUAUGUAUGUCGAAAUCAGGAGUGGUUUGACCAGGACUUAUGAGCUUGAUGGCAGCAUCCAUGACAAAAUUUGGUCCCUAAAAGCCUAUAGGGAUGUGAGUGCAAAGUUUUCAACUAAACAUCCAGACUUUUUGGGGUUAAGGAUCAUACUUUCUACACACAGGAUUCAGAGAGUAUCUACAAUCAAGGCUGCAAUCAAGGAGGCUAUUGAAAUGCAAAAGAAUUUCCCAGAACUAAUUGCAGGGUUUGACUUGGUGGGGAGGGAGGAUGAUGGGAGGCCUCUCUGGUACUUCAGGGAGGCGCUGUCUCUCCCUGCUGAGCUUGGUGUAAAACUACCCUACUAUUUCCACGCAGGAGAGACUGACUUGGAGGGUACAGAUGUGGAUGCCAACUUGAUAGAUGCCCUGCUGUUCAACACCAGUCGGAUUGGGCAUGGUUAUGCACUGCCUCACCAUCCUUUAAUCAAAGAACUUUCCAGAAAGAAUGGUGUAGCUGUAGAAGUAUGUCCGAUAUCAAACCAGGUGCUGAGGCUGGUCUCAGAUUUCCGUCAUCACCCUGCUGCAGUUCUUAUGACUGAGGGAUACCCAGUGGUCAUAAGUUCUGAUGAUCCCACCCUGUUUGGGAACCCUGGACUCUCCUAUGACUUCUACGAGGCCUUUGUUGGGAUUGGAGGGAUGAGAGCAAACUUGGGCACCUUAAAAGAACUCGCUAUGAAUUCAAUCAAGUACAGCUCUCUGUCCCCACACUUAAAGAAGAAAUUGAUGAACAUGUGGCAGGAUAAAUGGAAGAAAUUUAUUUCUAACCAAAAAGAUUAAGAAACUGAUCAUUGUAAAGACCCAGAUCCGCUCUGACCCACUCUGAGGAGGUCUUCCAACCAUAU